AUGCGUUAUCAGGACUUUUACGACAUUGGUCGCGACCAGCCGGCCACUGCCUCAUAUGCCAACCCCAACCUCCUCAAAAACCGUUACGGCAAUAUUGUGGCUUACGAUGCCGGCCGUGUCAAGUUGUCCCAAAUUGGUGAUGAUCCUUCCACCGAUUACAUCAACGCUAGCUGGGUCGACGCUUACAAACAACCCAAUGGCUACAUCGCCUCUCAAGGACCAGUCCCCAACUCUUUUCUAGACUUUUGGCGCAUGGUCUGGGAGCAAAACGCUUGCACCAUCGUCAUGGUGACCCAUGAAGUGGAGAAGGGCCGCAUCAAAUGCCAUCGCUAUUGGCCCGACCCCACCUCCACACCGCCUACGCAAACGCUCAGCUAUGGCGACGUCACCGUCACACACCUUCGUGCCGAGGCUCACCGCCACUUUGUUGUACGCACAUUUCUUGUACGCUGCAACAGUGAAGAGCGCACCGUCAAACAAUUUGCUUAUACCUCCUGGCCCGAUCACGGUGUCCCUCUGACGACAGCCGAGCUUCUCGGCUUCCGCAAUGCCGUCAAUGCCGGUACCCCCAACAAAGACGUGCCCAUUGUCAUCCACUGCAGUGCCGGCGUCGGGCGCACGGGCACCUACAUUGCUAUUGAUACCCUGGUCAAGCAAUGCCUUGACAUGGGUGGCAUGCCGAAUGUUGACGCAGUGGUCCGCGACAUGCGUCUCCGCCGCAAUUACAUGGUGCAAACAGAGGUAUGUAUUGGCAACGUGCCCAAUCCUGAUAUUUAG